UUCUUUUCUUUAGUGUUGGCCCAUUAAAGCCCAUCAAAGGAAACGACUCUUUUUCUUCUUUCUUCUUCGCGAGGGUUUUACAGAAAUCGAAAUUGGGAAUGGCGAAAUCUUGCAAGGGUCUGGCUCAGGAGCUCGUGAAAUGCUUGAGCGAAUCCGACUGCGUUAAGGUAGAGAAUCGGCCGUACAGAGAAUGCGCCAAGGAGAAGAGCCCUAAGAUUUCUAGCGAGUGCGUUGGCCUUAGAGAAACCUAUUUCAAUUGCAAGAGAGGACAGGUCGACAUGAGAGCUCGAAUUCGUGGAAACAAGGGAUACUAAUUCGCCAAUUAUAGUGAAAAAUGAACCUCAUAGCAAGAACAAAAACGAUUAAUUUUUUCGAGCAUAUUAGAGUUUUCGAUUGAAUGUACAGAAACGAGUCAUGAUCGUCGCUAUGCCUAUGUUCAAAUUGUCGAGUUCUUGAAAACGACGACAAACUUCACCGAUCACUGGUAAGCAAUCCUACUAAUCGACUUAAAAUUUGAAUC